AUGGAUCCUGACCAAGAGAUUCACCUGCUGAGUGCUUUUGGCGCAAGGCUCGGCCGAACUGCGAUACCAAAGGCGUCUAAUGACCUUUCGGCAGUGUCCAUGAGCUACACAAUAUCUAGAGACAAUACUGCAGGUGACAACUUCCGAAAUGAUUGUUUACUCGAAGAAUGGGGCCAGAAAAGGCAGCGUCAUCUUCUAGAUAAGCAAGUUAGCAUGCCAUCAACCCAACAGCAGAAGUCUGCGUCAGAAUUGGGACAGACUGACAAAGACUAUGCGGAAUCAUAUGCGGAGACCAUCUCGCCUGAUUUGUUGGAAAUAUCGAAACUCGGGCCAGUUAUUCCGGUUAACCCUCCAACCUAUCAGGUGAGCAGGACCACGCACGUCGUGCCUGCCCAGACGCAACUGGAUCCUGAUUCCAACAUGAGAAGUUGGUUCCCUCCUUCCACUUGGAAGUUUUUCGGUUCACCGGGAUCGCACUUGUCGUCUCCAGCAGCCGAGAGAGAGGAAGAUAUGUGGCCGUCUGCGAAUGCAUUCUCGCCUCACUCAGGGCCCGUAUCUCCCGUUACUAGGAGCCCGUCCCCUAGGUACGUUUCUUAA